UUACAGUUUGUGCAGACGAGUAAUGUAAGGACGCCAUCCAUAACCCUGGCAUUCGGACACCGAUGCGGUUGGCGGAGGAAUUUGCCACCUGCCUGCAACCCUUCGGUGAAGCCACUGAUAGCUGCUUUUCCGACGUCAGCGCUUGGUUCAGCUGCUCUAGGAUUUAGACGAGCGUCUGGUACUUUGUGCAGCAACUGGUAACAAUGCCGUUUAUGAGAUUGUUACUACGAGAGAUACAAAAAUCCUUCGGAACCUUAAACAGGCCUCGGAGUUCUGGAUGGAAGGUUAGGUUUAAAUUCCUGACAGAGGAGGAAUUCUUCUGUUUGUGACGGUAUCAAUAUCAGAACUGACGCCCACCCGGUCUCCCGUCCAACACCAAAUCAGACGUACGGCUGACCAAUAAUCUCCCUUUAAUGAUUUGAAGAAAAGGAGAGUGUGUCAGGGGUACAGCAGCUGAAGUCUUCUGUUCAGAAGGGAAUUCGCACAAAGCUUCUGGAACAGUAUCCAUAUAUGGAAAGUUAUGUGGACAGUAUCCUACCGAAGAAGGACACAUAUCGUAUAGUAAAGUGUCAUGACCACAUCGAAAUCUUGGUGAAUGGCGCCGGCGAACUUCUUUUCUUCCGACACAGAGAAGGACUCUGGAUUCCUACAUUGCGUCUCUUGCAUAAAUAUCCGUUCUUCUUACCAUGGGAGCAAGUGGAUAAAGGAGCCAUUCGUUUUGUCCUCAGUGGUGCCAACAUCAUGUGUCCAGGUCUUACAUCACCUGGAGCUAAGAUGACACCUGUUUCAAAAGGGACUGUUGUUGCGGUUAUGGCAGAGGGAAAACAACAUGCGUUAGCAGUUGGGACGACUGCCUUAUCAACAGAUGAUAUAUCAAAAAUCAACAAGGGAAUUGGAAUAGAGAAUUGCCACUACCUCAAUGAUGGUUUAUGGCAAAUGAAACCAGUCAAGUAGUCUCCUAUAGAUAUAUUUAUUUUAUUUCAGUGAACAUAUAUGAAUUGAAGGAUACAUAAACAUUUUGUAUGGUUCUAUCAGUUUUACGGUGCAUAACUAAAUUAUCUGCCUGGUAAAAACAAGAGAACACAUCAAUUUGAAAUAAAAUAAUACUUAUGCUAAUA